AUGAAGACCGCCACCCUCCUCUCCGCCAUUGCGGCUCUCGCCGCCACUGCCGCCGCGGCCGCCGAGCUCAAGAUUGACGUCACCCACAAGGUCGAGUGCGAGCGCAAGACCAAAAAGGGCGACAAGGUCUCGAUGCACUACCGCGGCACCCUCGCCGCCGACGGUUCGCAGUUUGAUGCCAGCUACGACCGCGGUACCCCUCUCGACUUCAAAGUCGGCGCUGGGCAGGUCAUCAAGGGCUGGGACGAGGGUCUCCUCGACAUGUGCAUCGGCGAGAAAAGAACUCUCACCAUUCCUCCCGAGUACGGAUAUGGCGACCGCGGCAUCGGCCCCAUCCCCGGCGGCGCCACUCUCAUCUUUGAGACUGAGCUUGUCGGCAUCGCUGGCGUAAAGCCCCCCGCAAAGGCCGACGAGGCCGCUCCCGAGGGCGAGGCCAAGACUGCCAAGAAAGAGGAGCUGUAA